AUCUUAUCAGAUCACUAAAGGUCGUUCAAAAGCGGACACGUAUACCAAAAAUAUUCGUUCCGACACCAGCAAGAAAAAUGCAACAUAGUGUUGUACUGUUUAUUUUGUCUAUUAGUGUAGCCAGUGGGUUUCUUUUAGAAACUAGUAACCGGAACGUAACUAAAAUAUUGAAAGUAACAAAUGCAGGACGGUACGGGUAUUGGUCGAAUCCACAGUUUUGCCCUCCGGGGACAUUUGCAUCCGGAUUUAGCAUGAAGAUUGAAAGUAACCAGUUCACUGGAGAUGAUACAGCACUUAAUGCUAUUCGAUUAACGUGUAGUGAUGACUCUGGACAUGCGCAGUUAGGUUACCAAAUCACUUCUGGUGAGGGUCCAUUUGGCAGCUGGUCAAAGACAGAAACGUGCAAUCAACAAUUUCAUGCGUCAAACUUCCUGGUUGGUUUCGCCCUGCAAGUUGAAGCACCGCAAGGGGCAGGUGACGACACUUCUGCAAACUAUGUGAAAUUCUUCUGUCGUGACUUUGAUGGGAACAAUGCUGAAACAGAAUUGAACCGUCCGCCUGGUCAUGGUAAUUUUGGAAAUUGGGGCGAGUGGAGCGACAGCUGUGACAAAGACAGUGCUAUCUGUGGUCUAAAUACGAAAGUUGAGUCACAACAAGGAGGCGGUGACGACACUGGAUUGAAUGACGCCAUCUUCUAUUGCUGCAAUGAUGACUCGGGAUCCGGAUUUCCCGUCGGAAAAUAGCACAAUCGUUGGGUUUAUAUUAUAAAAAUGGAAUAAGAAUUAUAUGCGCUUUAAGUCGUAUCUGAUGAUUUUCUAAAUGUAUUUUAUGUUAUAUAUAUCCACAUAACAUAAAAACUAACUGUUA